AUGCAUUCAGUUAGCAAAGUAGCGAGAAUCAGAAUUCCCAGUGCUUUGGUGCGAUUUCCAUACAUUUAUUCAACAUUUCGGUGCUCCAAGCUAUAUUCUACGAGGAAUGAUAACAUAGCGGCGGUUUUGCUGCAGAAAAAUCUGAUACAAAGGAACAAUGCAUUAUCAAAUUACGGUCCAGGUACAAUGAGAUGCACAGUUUUUGAUUCACUUGGUAAUAAGUGUCCCUCUUCGAUUGAUAUUCGGCGAGAGGAUCUCGUUUCAAGACAUCAAUUAUUACCAAGAGAUUUAAGAAAGAUUGAGCGUUCACGAGGAGUAGAUUUAGUGCCUACACUGUUGGUAAGAAGAAAUGGGAUUUUGAUCAAUGUUUUGACAGUGCGAGCACUGAUUAAACCUGAAAUGGUGAUAAUUUUUGAUUCUGUGGGCGGUGGUAUAUCGUUAGAUUCGAGAAACCAUAAGGCAUUUAUUGCAGAUCUAUCUUUGAGAUUAAGCAACGAGGGUACAGAUGGUCUGAAUAGGGAUCCUCUCCCUUAUGAGUUCAGGGCUCUCGAAGCUAUAUUCGUGUCGGCGUUGUCAAAUAUGUCCAGUGAAAUGAAAGUGCUGUUGACCGUUUGUAAGGGAAUACUGAAGGACUUAGAAUACAGCAUUACUGGAGAUAAAUUAAGAUUUCUACUAAUUCAAAAUAAAAAGCUGACCGUGUUCCGCAGAAAGGCAGUACUCGUACGGCAAAUGCUUGAUGAUCUGCUGGACCAAGAUGACGUUCUUUGUCAAAUGUAUCUGACCGAUAAACAAGAUGGUAAAAUAAGACAGCUGGAUGAUCAUGCCGAAAUCGAAAUGCUCUUGGAGACUUAUUAUUCGCAUGUAGAUGAGAUUGUGCAAAUCGUCGAAAGCUCGAUUUCCAACGUCAAAACGACUGAAGAAAUUAUCAAUAUAAUUCUUGAUUCCAACAGAAAUCAGCUAUUAUUGUUGGGAAUCAGAUUCACCAUAGGACUUCUAUCGCUUGGAGGAGCCAUCUGGGUAGGCUCGCUGUACGGUAUGAACUUGGAAAACUUCAUCGAGGAGAAUUCAUAUGGUUUUUUUGCGGUCUCCAUCAUCGCCCUUUUGUCGAUGAUAUGGUUAUUCGCCUACAGCAUAGGUCAUUUGAGCAAACUACAAAAGAUGUCGCUUGUUAAUAAUUCUAAGGCAAACAUCAAGUGA